AUGCUCCGACCGAAGAGUGCAGUGCGGAAGGCCACAAAUCAAUCAACGGCAGCUCCAACCACGAGGAGAGCGGCUCCUGUUGCGAAAGAGUCAACAUCGAAGAACAAGGCGUAUGCGACAACUACUCAACAGAGAUCGAACACAAAAGGACGGGCAUCCAGAAGCAAAUUGGACGCUUCCCCAACGAAACAGCCAGCGAGUGUGAUUGAGACCAACCCGAAGACCAAGUCUGAGCGAGAAUUAUGGCAGACGCAGAAAAAUGCUCUGAAGGAGAAAUUUGGCGAACAGGGAUGGCAGCCACGCAAGCGCCUGUCACCAGAUACACUGGACGGUAUCCGCGCUCUGCACGUCUCUGAUCCCAACGCUUAUACAACACCCGUCCUCGCCGCACACUUCCAGGUCACUCCCGAGGCCAUUCGUCGUAUCCUCAAGUCCAAAUGGCGGCCCAAUACCGAAGAAAUCGACGAUCGAAAGGACCGCUGGGAGCGGCGAGGAGAGCGCAAGUGGAAAGCCAUGGCAGAGCAGGGCACGCGACCCCCAGCGAAGUGGCGAGCGAAGGGCAUCAAGACCCCGCACGCGGAGCAAAAGAGAGCUGCCAGGCGGCAGGAUGGACGUUAUGUCAGAUGGGAAGAUGACACGCUAGAAGGUGCUGGCUCCUCGCUCGCGCAGAGGAUUCGGUGA